AUGGAUCUGCAUAAAGAAGUGCUACACUGUCUCAUCUGCUCACUGCUGAUUUAUUAUUUGUGCUUGUGUGAAGGGAAUGGCCCUCUGUGCCAGCUACAGAGAAGUGUCAUUCCAGGGAUAUAUAAAUAUGGGGACAUGAUUAUUGGAGGUGUUUUUCCAGUCCAGCGGUCUCGCAGCACCGAAGAUCUGAGCUUUACUUCAAAUCCAGAUUCUACAGUUUGUGAUGGAAGUUUUGAUUUUAGAAGCUACCGCUGGAUCAGAGGAAUGAUAUAUGCUAUCAAUGAGAUAAACAGAAAUGAGCAUCUGCUUCCUAAUUUCACGCUCGGUUAUGCCAUCCAUGAUACUUGUGACAAUGUGGCAGAAUCUGUGGAAAAGACAUUCACUUUAGUUACUGGUUCAGUUAAAUAUACCCCAAAUUACCAAUGUCAGAUCACUCCUUUGCUAACUACGGUCAUUGGGGAAUCUGCCUCAGGAAUAUCCAUAGCAAUGGCAAGAAUUCUGGGCACAUACCACUACCCUCAGGUGAGCUAUUAUUCCUCCCUUAAUGUCCUUAGCAAUAAAAAGGAAUUUCCCAGCUUUUUUAGGACCAUACCAAGUGACACAUUUCAAACAACGGCUUUUGCUUUACUGGUUGCACACCUUGGUUGGAAAUGGGUGGGUACACUAGCUGAAGACAAUGAUUAUGGACAUUUAGGAGUUCAGCUCUUCACAGAAGAGGUACAGAAGCUCGGUACCUGCAUUGCCUUUUCUGAGACAAUCCCCUUAGCUUUCUCAAAAACAAGGUACGAGGAAAUUGCUGCCACUAUAAAGCGUUCUUCAGCAACAGUCAUUAUAGUUUUCUCUGGAGACACCAACUUGCUUCCCUUAUUCUGGGAAGUAGCAAAGCAAAAUAUCACUGGCAGGACAUGGUUGGCAAGUGAGGGAUGGAGCACGUCUGCUUUUGUGGUAGCCAAAGACCAAGCAGAGUAUUUCAGUGGUGCAUUAGGCCUUGCUAUACCCGUGGGGCACAUAGCAGGUUUGCUUGAGUUCCUUUUACAGUUGAACCCAAUGGCGGAUCCUGAAGAUCUUUACAUAAAACCUUUUUGGGAGCAUGCUUUUGGGUGCUCAUGGACUGAAACAAAAUUGCAAGAUAACAUUACACUUUGCACUGGGCAUGAGAAUCUGCUGACUCUAAAUAAUGUGUAUACUGACGUGUCUCAACUAAGAAUCACGUGUAAUGUAUACAAUGCAGUAUAUGCAAUUGCUAAUGCCUUAAACAACAUACUUUCUUCUGGAAAUAAGAAGCCAGCUAUAGAGGAAAUUAAGCCUUGGCAGAUAAUACAGUCACUGAAAAAAGUACGCUUCACAGAUCAAGCUGGGAAAAUACUGUACUUCGAUGAAAAUGGAGACCCAGUUGCAAAGUAUGAUAUAUUGAACUGGUACAUUGGGGAAGAUGGUAAUCUCUUGUAUAGAAAGGUUGGAAGCUAUGAUGCCAGUGCAGCAGAAGAUCAGCGCUUAACCCUUGAUGAACAAGCUAUUAUAUGGAAUGAUGCCCUACAGGAGCCUCCUCGCUCCCAAUGUAGUAGUAGUUGCAAGCUUGGUUUCAGGAAAAGUAUCUUACAAGGACAAUCAAUGUGCUGUUUUGACUGUAUUCCAUGUUCUGAAGGGGAGAUAUCAAAUGGCUCAGAUUUUACAGAAUGUAUAAAAUGCCCAGAAGACUACUGGUCAAAUAAGAAUAAAGAUUCCUGUAUCCCUAAAGACAUGGACUUCCUUUCAUUUGAGGAGCCCCUUGGAAUCACCUUCUCAGUACUCGCAGUCAUAGGCAUCAGUCAGACGCUUGCAGUGGUAGUUGUCUUUAUUAAACACAUUCACACUCCAAUAGUCAGAGCUCACAACAUAGAAAUGAGUUUCUUUUUGCUGUUUUCCCUUAUACUGUGCUUUCUUAGCUCGCUGACAUUCAUUGGCAAACCAUCAUCUGGUUUAUGUGUGCUUCGACAGACGGUCUUUGGUGUGAGUUUUGCUCUAUGUAUCUCAUGCGUUCUUGUUAAGACCCUAGUGGUCAUUCUAGCUUUCACAAUGUCAAAACCCAACCAAAACAUGAUGAAAUACUUUAAACCAUCCCAUCAAAGAGCAUUUGUUGGACUGGCCACCUUAAUUCAGAUUGCCAUUUGUGUUGGGUUAAUUUCAUCUGCUAACUUAUCUAUUAAAAAGAACAGGGAUGCAGUCAUAACUAAGAUAGUUCUAGAGUGUAAUCUAGAAUUGGAACUUGUGUUCCUUUUUGCUAUUGGAUAUAUUGCUCUUCUGGCUUUGCCUUGUUUUGUCUUGGCCUUUCUUGCUAGGAACUUGCCUGACACCUUUAAUGAAACCAAGUUCAUUACAUUCAGCCUGUUGCUGUUUGUUAUGGUUUGGGUCAGUUUCAUUCCUGGGUAUAUAAGCACAAAAGGUAAAUAUGUUACUGCAGUUGAGAUCUUUGCUAUUCUUUCUUCUGCUGCUGGGUUAUUGGGUUGCAUUUUCUUUCCCAAAUAUUAUAUUAUACUAUUAAAACCGGAAAGGAAUACUAGGAAGAAUGUAACUGGACAUUCUAGCUUAGUUAGAAUGUAA